CCCUGGGACGGCCAGGGAGGGGUGGGGACUGGGGUCGGGUCGCGGGGUCCGGUUGCGUCAGGUGCCCCUUCUGCGUGUCUGCUGGAAGGGUUGCGUCAGCCGCCCCACCGUGACGAGCCAUGAACCUCGGAUGGGCGAGACUUCUCUGUCUCGGCCGGGCCUCAGGCCUUACACUGUCGGCCCCAUGGCACGUAGGAGCCCAUCCCGCUAUAGAAGCAUAUAGAAGUCUGAAAGGCCGUUUUCCGUGUAUUUGUGUGACGUGUUUGUCAUGUAGUGGGUUGGAGGUAAAUGCUCAAACUCCUUGUGACUUGCCAAAUUUCAAUAUCCUGCAAUCUGCAUAAACUCAGGCGAGCCGCGAGAGCAUAUCGGCCGAUUUGCUGACCCACGUCUCCAGACCUCUUACUGUCUCGUCUGUCUGUUGUGAGCGAAACUUUCCAUUGCUACUGCGCCGGCUGUUCCUUUGUCAUGCAUUCAUUCAUCUGGGCCGCCCACCACGUGAUCGGUGCGUGAUUCCUGCUCUGAGCAACGGCUGGGGUCACCUGACCUCUGCUGUCCGCGGUCCUGGCUCCCAUCAAAGUCCGAUCAUCGUCAGUGAUCCGGCCAAUUCUGCCAGCGGGACCGUUCCACGCGGCUGACGCAACGCGCUCACGCACCCCGCCCCUCCCCGCGGUGCCUUGCCCCGCCCCUAGUCUCCCCCUCCCCUCCCUUCCCCCACUGAGUGGCUGGGUCCGAGCGGUUUGGGUCAGUCGGGCCUUGUUUCUUACAGCCCGGCACAGGUAGAUCCCACACCCGCCGCUAGGUGUCUCUGCCGUACGGACGGCGGCUCACACGGGUCUUCCAUUGCGUCCCGAGCCUCUGUCUCGCGUUGGACCCGCCGCCCCUGCCGCAGCACGGUCUCUUGGCCGCCGCAAGGGUGAUCAAUCACUACCGUGCCGCUGAGCGCUGCACCGCGAUCCAACUCCGCCCAGCAAUUCCUCGAAGAGUCCGCCCUGCGGAGCUGCUGUGAGGACACUUCAUUCGGUCGCCGAGACUGGCCAAGUCCGUCACGUCUGAGUUUGUUCUCGUGGGAGGCCGGACGAAGGUCGGCCUGUCGACCACAGAAGUCACCAUUAGCUCUACCGCUGAGUCGCUCCUUCGCUCUGCGGUGUGGCCGAGGCAUUCAGCAGAGAUUAGCUACAGCAGAAGAGGCGCCAUCAGCAGCGCGGAGAUUCCCCUCAGCGUGUCGAACCGCCGAACUACGCGAAUCCACUGCCCUCGCUGUGGUCGCGCCAUGUCGGUCCCAUACAGUAUGCACGCCGUCGGAAAGGUUCGUGAGAACAUGCGGAAGGAUGGCGGCUGCGGGGCCGGCAACACCUCCGGCAGCGCCUCUGGCAAGCAGCCGGCCAGCUGGCAGACUCAGAAACCGAGCGGCCUGCAGUCGUACUCUAGCAAGAUGAUGAAGUCCAUCUGGGGCGAGUACAACCGCUACUCGGUGCACAACUUCAAGUCGAGUCAGAGCUCUGGACCGUCGGCGGCAGCCGGCCAGCCGGGCGGUCAGCCGCCGCGCGCUCCCACCGGCACCCCCGGCGGCCUCUUCCACUGAGGGCAGCCCGCAGCUGGUGUCUCGAGCGUCGCCAUCCGGCGGCUGGGGCUUGGUGGCCCUCCGUGCAGAGAAAGAGCGCGGAGCACGCAGAGUGGGGAGCGCUUCCGAGGAAGAAAUGUGGCACCCACCUGCCGAAACUAGUUUUCCAAAGGCCGCCGUAAUAUGUUGAGCUUAGAUAAAUAACAAUGCAUGAUGGUAGAUAGACGUCAUAUUGCUUUAGUGGCUCCACAUACCGAUACAAUUUAUGUUUAGCAGAAGUGGUGUACAUUGAAAUGUAGAGAUAAUGAAAGGCAGUUUUGAGCCCUUUCUUUUUAUUAUGUACUUCUUAUUAUACGAGCUUUUCACUUAUCGGAAAAUGGCAUUUGCCUGUUAUUGCCUCGUCUGUGACGAAAUAUAACAGAAGAUGGGUCUCCA